GGCCGAGCGGCGCGGGCCAAUCAGCGGCGGCGGCUCGCGGCCCCCGAACGUUGGGACACCCGGCCCCGCCCCGCACUGUUGUUUGUGGUGUCGGCCGGCCGCGCGAGCCGGACCACAACACUCGCCCGGCGGGCGGCGGGGCGGGCGAGGGUCCGGAGGCCGCGGGCGGCGGCGAGCGCGAGCCGAGGGCGGCCGGCCUCCCGCGGCCGCCGAUCCCGGGAGGGGGCGCCGGCCGGAGCCAUGUCGGUGAACAUGGAUGAGUUGCGGCACCAGGUCAUGAUCAACCAGUUCGUGCUGGCCGCAGGCUGCGCGGCCGACCAGGCGAAGCAGCUGCUGCAGGCGGCCCACUGGCAGUUCGAGACCGCCCUGAGCACGUUUUUCCAAGAAACCAACAUUCCCAACAGCCACCACCACCACCAGAUGCAGAUGUGCACCCCGAGCAACACACCUGCCACGCCGCCCAACUUCCCCGACGCGCUGGCCAUGUUCUCCAAGCUUCGCGCCUCCGAGGGCCUGCAGAACAACAACGGCCCCAUGACUGCGGUGGCCUGCUCCCCCCCCGCAAGUUUCAGCCCCUUCUGGGCCUCGUCCCCGCCCAGCCACCAGGCCGCCUGGAUCCCACCCUCCUCCCCCACGGCCCACAGCUUCCACCAUCUCCACCACCCGCAGCCCACGUGGCCGCCUGGAGCACAGCAGGGGGGCACCCAGCAGAAAGCCGUGGCUGCGAUGGAUGGCCAGAGAUGAGACUGGGUGCCGCCGGGCGCUGGGCUGGAGCUGGGGGGCAGUCCAGGGUCGUGGGGACACAGGAGGGCCGGGGCGGGGUGGGGGGA